CACAAUCACGCGAGACAUGUAACACACCAACAUGACAUGCACGUGCAAGAUCACUUGUUGGGCUAUAAACAUGUUGGGUUUUCAAUGCAUGCACAAUCUAGCAGCAAGUGAACAGCGAAACCAUGCCACGACUGACAGAGUCGGCCGACUGCAUACAGGCGAAUAAUCUCCGGCCGUAGCCAGGUUUUUCAACGUAGCACAAAGCAUCAUUUCAAGACUGUUAAACGGGACAACAUGUGACGUUACCAGAUCCGGUCGACCAUGUAUCACUACUAGAGCACAGGCAGAUUCAUACGGCCACGUCACUAACGCGAAAGAACCACCACGCCCACCUCUACAACUACGGUAACACCAGGAUUUCGUAGGAUAUCAGCCCGGACAGUGGGAAGCCAUCUCCUACACUGGUAGAACAGAUCUGGUGCAAGUUCAAGGGAAUGUAACGUCACAACGAUUCACGGAUGAGGUAACGCUGACGCAACAUACACGUGAAUUACAACAAAUCAAAUGAUAAUCCCGUUACAAGUGCUUGGUCGACUUGGGUCAUCAUGCCUCAACAAGAGAGGAGAGAAAAGGCGAGUCAGCCUGGACAAAGGGAAGUCUGGACACACAAAAGAGAGUAUAUUUUGUCUCAAAUAGGCUAUUCUGUUGGACUCGGAACAUUUUGGAGAUUUCCGUACCUCUGCAACAGGAACGGUGGAGGUGCAUUCCUCAUCCCUUAUUUCAGUGGAAUACUUCUUUGCGCUGUUCCUCUCUUCUUUCUUGAGGUGUCCAUUGGUCAGUUCUCCAGCAGGAGUGCUGCUCACGUGUGGGCCGUGUGCCCUUUGUUUAAAGGUAUUGGACUAUCUCAAGCUAUAGUUUGUUUCACAUGUUCUAUUUCCUACAAUCUCAUAAUUGUGUGGACGUUAUACUAUCUAUAUAAGUCAUUUUGGCCAACACUGCCUUGGACAACUUGCAACAAUUGGUGGAAUACAGCCCUGUGUGUAAAUGAUCUCGGCAGCAACACCACACACAGCGACCACUACCUGAAUUACACUGCAGGUAAUGUCCCCGGGGGCACAGGUGCUUGGAGAAAGCCAAAUGAGACACUGACAGCAUCAGAAGAAUUUUGGCAAUACAAUGCGCUCAGAGUGUCCAAUGGCUUUGACACACUUGGCUCAGUCCAGACCCACCUAGUUAUAUGUGCGGUUUUCUCCUGGGUGAUAUUGUUCUUCUGUAUGAUGUUCGGAGUCAAAUCAGUUGGAAAGGUGGUGUAUGUGACAGCGGUGAUGCCGUUCCUCCUGUUGACGGUGCUACUGAUCAGGUCGUGCAUGAUGCCGGGGUCUGCGGAUGGCAUUCUCUAUUUCCUGAAACCUGAUUUUUCGCACCUACUCUCGGUUCAGGUGUGGCUGGAGGCAUUGCUGCAGGGUUUCUACUCUAUGAAUACAACAUAUGGCGGUCUCAUCACCAUGGGAAGUUUCAACCCCUUCCACAACAAUUGUUUCAGGGAUGUGGUGUUGAUAACUCUCAUAGGCGAGUUAAGCAGUAUCUUCUGUGGUCUGGUGGUGUUCUCUACUUUAGGCUUCAUGGCCAAUGAGGCUCAACUACCAAUAUCAGAAGUAGUGACAUCAGGAUCAGGUCUUGGGUUCAUUAUCUACCCUGAGGCUAUAGCCAAGCUGCCCUUUCCUCAACUCUGGGCAGUCCUCUUCUUCUUCACACUGCUCACUGUUGGGAUAGACUCUAUGUUUGGUACCGUAGAAGCUGUAAUAUCUGGUGUUUUAGAAACACGUCCAUCUCCCCAUCAACAAAACCGAGUGAUGGUGACACUAUGUGUGUGCCUCAUAAGCUUUUUGCUAACCAUUCCCUUUGUAACUGAGGGCGGAGUUUACUUCUUCCAGCUGUUGGACUGGUACUCUUCUUCCUUCAACACACUUGUGAUUGGCUUCCUCGAAUGUGUGGUCAUCUACUGGAUCUAUGGUUCUGAGAAGUUCAGCAAAGAUAUAGAAAGGAUGGUCGGUGGUCGCGCUCCCACUGUGAUGAGACUUCUGUCUUCUUAUGUAACCCCUGUCAUUCUCUUUGCUGCUCUCAUCUAUUCUUUGGUUGGAUAUGACCCACCAAGCUAUGGCAACUACCUGUAUCCAGAAUAUGCUAAAAUAAUAGGCAUUUUGGUAACCGUGGGGUUUUCUCUACCGAUUCCUGUCAUUUUUAUGAAUGAGUGCCUCAAGAGGAAGGGAACUUUACAGCAGCGCUUGUGCCUUGCCAGCAGACCAUCACCAGAUUGGGGCCCUUUGUGUGGGGAGGAUGGCUAUCAGACUGACGGCCAGCGAGAGAACACAGCCAUAGGACUGAUCUCCAGGACUGAUAUCCCGAACUGAUACCUUGCCAGAUACAUGAAGAACACCAAACCUACCAUGAUGUAUACAUACAAUAAUAAACGAGCUCCCGUGUAAUACCAAUUUCAUGGAACGAUUGAAUAGUUCAGGGGCGAGUUUAGUAUUUUAGUUAUUACUUGCCGUUUAUACAUUUAAAAACAAAUUCCACUGUCGUGUGAGAAUAGGCGCGAUCCACAGCAUAAUCCAAUUGAGUUUACAGAAUAAUACUUCAGAUACCUCAAAAGUUGAUACUUGUUAAUUUAAUGCCAUACAAGGCCCACAUUUAGAAUUCAGGGGUCCGUUGCAAAGACCUAUCGUAGCGCGUAAGUUAUCGUAACUCCCAUACUUUAACAUAGACUUACGACUGUCGUUGCACUGAGAUCGCCUUGUGGAACCGGACCCUGCACCACAAAGUUUACAAUGACAUCACAAGUCGCAAUGACCCAUGACGUAAUUUGUGGAAUUAUGUUGCAAGUUCAACCGGCGAAACAAUACCAUGUGACGUCAGCAUAGCACCAGAGUUGCUUAGGUUAUCCAGUGUGCAUAAAUGUAGUUGAAUAGGCCCAGGGACGUUGGGAUUUUUCAAUAUUUGUUUGAGAAACUUGUUUCCGCAGUAGAUAAGGACGCGCUUUGGUAUUACACAAUAUGUAAUACAACUAUAUGACAAUUAAACGGGUUAUCUCUUAACGGGCGAGCCAUAAAUAAAGAUUGUACCAUAGUUCCUUUGUAGAAAUUCAUUUUGCAAGUCAGUAUUGUAUAACAUAAUAAACAAUUGCAGGAACACUGAAUACAAAAUGUUGUUAUCCUUUCUUGCAUUUUUUCAGCAGUUCAAAACA